UCCGCCCCGCACCCCGCACCCUGUACCCCGCACCCCGCACCCCGCUCUCGGACCCGCGCCGUGGGGGCAGGACUCGGGGCUCCCCGCCGCGCCCUCCCCUGCGCCCCGGCCCCUCUCCCGCCCCUCUCGCGGCUCCGGGUUGGGGGUGCGGGCGGGGGGCGCCCCUCUCCUCCGCCAGGAUGUACCCCCAGGGCCGGCACCCGGCGGGGCAGCCUUUCAAGUUCUCAGUGCUGGAGAUCUGCGACCGCAUCAAGGACGAGUUCCAGUUCCUGCAGGCGCAGUACCACAGCCUCAAGCUGGAAUGUGAGAAGUUGGCCAGCGAGAAGACGGACAUGCAGAGACAUUAUGUCAUGAGUAGCCAGUGUCCCCCCAGAGCCGGGCCAGCCCCCAGAGGGCUGUGGACCUUCCGGGUCUCUCUCCCGCAGUACUAUGAGAUGUCCUACGGGCUCAACAUCGAGAUGCACAAGCAGGCGGAGAUUGUGAAGAGGCUGAGUGGUAUCUGCGCCCAGAUCGUCCCCUUCCUCACCCAGGAGCACCAGCAGCAGGUUCUGCAGGCUGUGGAGCGGGCCAAGCAGGUGACAGCCGGGGAGCUGAGCGCCCUCAUCGGGGCGCCCCCCCUGCCCCUCGCCCCACGGCCAGCCGGUCUGGGGGGGGCCACCCCGGGGCUGCUGGCCUUGUCAGGGGCCCUGGCCGCCCAGGCCCAGCUGAGCACCGCCAAGGAGGAGCGGGGCACCCUGGAGGCCGAGGGGCCCCGAGAUCGAGCUCCGAGCAGGGGCUCACAGAGCGUGUCCCCCUCACCCCCCGGGAGCCUGGUGGAGGGGAGCUGCCCCCCCGGGGGCCCCUGCGGCGGGAAGCCGAAGGUGGACGAGAAGGAGCUGCCUGGCCCUUACGAGAGUGAGGAGGACAAGAGUGAUGAGGACAAGUAUAACCUGGUGGUGGAUGAGGACCAGCCCUCAGAACCCCCCAGCCCCGUCGGAACCCCUUGUGGGAAGCCUGCCCUCUGCGCCCCUGCCCGGCGGGACCUGGCAGACAGCCCGGCCUCCCUGGCCUCCAGCCUUGGCUCCCCACUGCCCAGAGCCAAGGGGCUCGGCCUGGGGGACGCCCCCACCGGGACCCCGGCCCCCAAGUCCUGUGAUUCAUCACCCCCCGAAGACGCGUCCACCCCCGGGCCCAGCUCCUCUGGCCACCUCCACCCGCUGGUCACCAAGCCUGCACCCUCCACUGACAACAUCGCCCUGCGGAGCCCCCUGGCCCUACCCUUCACCACCUCCUUCAGCCUGGCCACCCACAGCGCCCUCAACGGGGACCUCUCUGUGCCCAGCUCUUACGUCAGCCUGCACCUGUCUCCUCAGCCCAGCAGCCCCACGGUGCAUAGACGUUCCCCCCCGAUGAUGGCCUUCGAGUCCCAUCCGCACCUGCGAGGGUCCUCCAUCUCUUCCGCCCUGCCCACCGUCCCCGGGGGAAAGCCCGCCUAUUCCUUCCACGUGGCGGCCGACGGGCAGAUGCAGCCGGUGCCCUUCCCCGCGGACGCGCUGGUGGGCACGGGCAUCCCCCGGCUGGCGCGGCAGCUGCACACGCUGGCCCACGGCGAGGUGGUAUGCGCCGUCACCAUCAGCGGCUCCACACAGCACGUCUACACCGGCGGCAAGGGCUGCGUCAAGGUGUGGGACGUGGGUCAGCCCGGCGCCAAGACUCCGGUGGCACAGCUCGACUGCCUGAACCGGGACAACUACAUCCGCUCAUGCAAACUGCUCCCCGACGGCCGCAGCCUGAUCGUGGGUGGCGAGGCCAGCACGCUGUCCAUCUGGGAUCUGGCGGCGCCCACGCCCCGCGUCAAGGCGGAGCUGACCUCGUCGGCGCCCGCCUGCUACGCGCUGGCCGUCAGUCCCGACGCCAAGGUCUGCUUCUCCUGCUGCAGCGACGGCAACAUCGCCGUGUGGGACCUGCAGAACCAGGCCAUGGUCAGGCAGUUCCAGGGCCACACGGAUGGGGCUAGCUGUAUUGACAUUUCUGACUUCGGGACCCAGCUCUGGACGGGCGGCCUGGACAACACGGUCCGCUGCUGGGACCUGCGGGAGGGCCGCCAGCUGCAGCAGCACAACUUCAGCUCCCAGAUCUUCUCGCUGGGCCACUGCCCCAACCAGGACUGGCUGGCGGUGGGGCUGGAGAGCAGCCAUGUGGAGGUGCUGCACGUCCGCAAGCCCGAGAAGUACCAGCUGCACCUGCAUGACAGCUGCGUGCUGUCCCUCAAGUUCGCCUCCUGCGGGCGGUGGUUCGUAAGCACAGGCAAGGACAGCCUUCUCAACGCCUGGAGGACACCUUACGGGGCCAGCAUCUUCCAGUCCAAGGAGUCAUCCUCGGUGCUGAGUUGUGACAUUUCGGGGAACAACAAGUACAUCGUCACUGGCUCCGGGGACAAGAAGGCCACCGUGUAUGAAGUGGUUUACUGAAGCCGGGACCCCGCCUGACCGCUGGGCAGCCCCCACCCUCCGAGACCCCUACUCUGUGGGCGCGGGUGGGGGGCGUGGGGGAAAUACAUGGUUUCUCACAGUCGCUGUGGUCUUUCAGGGGGGGCUCUUAGCCACUCUGCGGGGUGACGGGGGUCACAGGCCUUGCCGAGCGUAGGGCACUGGGUUCGAGCCCUCCAGCUCAUGGCAGCACCAGGGGAAGCCAAGCCGCUUAGAUGGUGGAGUGGGGCUGGAGUGUCUCCCUCUUUCCCCCUUCUCCCCCUCACGUCUUGUUUU